CCCGACUUUUCCCCCCAAAGCCUUUUGUCCCUUUUCACCAACGUCCAUCUACGUUCCGUCUUCUGCCACGAAGCAAUCCCUUCUCGUCCACUGCCGCCCGCCCCGGAGAAACUCGUCAAAGUCUGUGCCUCGUCAAUCCGGUUCCGAUUCGAACAGUUCCGAUUCGAACAAGCCACUCGCCAGUUGUUGUGCAACCAGCCGCUUCCGAACUGGCUGGCACCACUGCCGCCGCAUCCGCAGGUGGCCGAGCGCCGCGACCACGCACAACCACAAACUUUUUUUCUCGUCCCUUUUAAAGUUGUUCGAUCCGCCACGCCACCCCCUCAGCGGCAAUCCCUCGCCAUCACCGCCCGCGCACGCAAACACACCCCGAUCUCCGUCUACUGGCCGACAUCACCGGCGCGGUAGACUUUCCGGUCCUCCGCCCUCCACCCUCAUCGAUAUUCAGCCACGAAACGCGACCGCAUAACGCCUCCCGAUCCGACAAAGCGACCCUGUGUCGGAUUGUCCCCAGCGAUCAUGGUUUUGUAGUAAUCCGAAUCCCCGACAUUUCGCUUUCUUUCCCGUCAAACAAGGCGCCGCCCCGCCACCCCUUUCGUCUUAUCUGCUCGUGGACUCGCCGGCCUCGCCGACUUCUCGUUCAACAUGGAGCCGCACCAGUCGAGGACCUCCUCCUUCCCGCACCUGCAGGGCGCUCAGCUCCCAUCGCAGCCAUCGCACGUCCCGUCGAGAACCGCUAGCAGCACUCCCGUGUCGUCUCCCGGCCUCUUCAGCGCGACCGUCUCGCGCCUGAACAUGAUACCCCCGCAGCACAUGUCCGAGGGUGCCCCGGCCGCCAGUGCCUCGAGGGCCGAAAGCCCGUUUCUGCAUCCACUGCAGACUCGCAAAGUUCGAGAGACUUCGACCGCCACCGUCGACAGGGACUUCACCACGGGGCGCAAGCACAUCAACCAGUACGAAGUGAUGGAGGAGAUUGGCCGCGGCCAGCACGGCAAGGUCAAGCGAGCCCGCAACACCCACACGGGCGAGACCGUAGCCAUCAAGAUCAUCCCCCGCUACUCCAAGAAGCGCCGACUGGGCAAGGUCACCGCCGAGGACCCCCAGAGGAACACGAAGCGAGAGAUUGCCAUUCUCAAGAAGAUCCGACAUGCCAAUGUGGUCGCCCUCCUCGAAGUCAUCGACGACCCGGAACUCGAGAAGAUCUACAUGGUCCUGGAGCAUGUCGAGCAUGGCGAAAUCACGUGGAGGAAGAAGGGUCUGCCGCGCAUCUGCGACCUUGAGCGGCGCAUGAUCGAGAAGAGCACUCGCGGCGAGUCCAUCGUUGCCGAGGAGGAAGAGUUGUGCUCUCUGCAGCGGAAGCGUGCCAAGACCGAGGUCAAGCGGAUGAAGACGGCCGCCAAGGCGCAGACGGAUUCGGGUGACUAUUGGAGCCUCGAGUAUGGCGCCUCGUUCGACGAUGACGAGCCUGAACCAUCGCUCCCAAGGUCCAGGGCGGUUUCGCAAGCCCCAUCUCGCACCCAGUCGUCGAGGUCCCUCUCGAGGAGCCAGGCAGCGCAAGCCGAAUCGGUCCCCAUACCUAGCCACGGGUAUGCCGAUACGGAUGUCGCAUCGUUGCCCCCAACCCUCGAGGGAACCAUGUACGGGGCUUACGCCGACGAUCAAGGCGGAAGCUCCACUCUCAGGGCGCGCUCUCCCAGCAUGGCAGACUCGAUCAUCUCGCACAUGUCUUCGGUGGAUUUUGCUACACCCCCUCACGACCCCUUCGUCGACGACUUCUCGUACGUGCCGUGCUUCACCAUCGAGAAUGCACGGUCGGCUUUCCGAGACACCAUCCUCGGACUCGAAUAUCUCCACUACAACGGGGUCGUGCAUCGCGACAUCAAGCCCGCGAAUCUUCUUUGGACCAAGGACUUCAAGGUCAAGAUCUCUGAUUUUGGCGUCUCCUACUUUGGGCGGCCCAUUCGAGAGGGUGAGCCUGACGACCUGGUGUCCGAGUCCGAGGCCCUUGACUUUGACGACGACCGGGAGCUUUCCAAGACGGUGGGGACGCCCGCAUUCUUCGCCCCUGAGCUCUGCUACACCGACGUCGAUAAUCUCGACAAGGAACCGCCUCGGGUGUCGGAGCAGAUUGACAUCUGGUCGCUUGGCGUGACGCUCUACUGCAUCAUUUUCGCUCGCAUCCCCUUCAUGGCCGAGGACGAGUACUCCAUGUUCAAGAAGAUCGCCAAGGAAGACGCCUUCAUUCCACGCCGCCGGCUGCGGCCCGUCUUCCCCUUCACGGAUCCCAGCAAAGUCUCCCUGUACAAGAGAGUUAAUAGCGAGCCUUACCGGGAUGACGACGACCCUGCGUACGAGGACAUCGAGGACGACCUGCUCGAUCUGCUCCGGCGCAUGCUCACCAGGAACCCCGAUCACAGGAUCCGUCUUCGAGACGUCAAGUCCCACCCUUGGGUUGUCCGGGGUGUCCCGCACGCCUGGAUCGAUGAGACGGACCCCUCGCGCAAGAUGUCUGGCAAGCAGAUCGAGGUCGACGAGAAGGAGAUUGGGCGCGCCGUCGUGCCGCUCACUUUCCUCGAGAGGGCCAAGUCGGCGGUCAAGAAGGCGGUUGGCAAGGUCAUGCACCACAAGCGAGAUCAUGAUGACGGCGCUUCUGCGGCCUCGCGCAGGCGAGCCGACAGUAGUGUUGCCAGUUCCGCCGGAGACAGCGCAUCGAACCAGCCGUCCGCCUACCCACGCGACAUCCGUCGCAAGAGUAUCCGCCCUGACGACUACUUCGCCACGGUGACGCAGGUGCAGCAGACGGAGCAUCCGCUCUCCCAGAGCGUGACUGCGAGCCCUUUGGAGUCGCCGCAGAGCCUCAGUUCCCCUCUAUGCAUGUCACUCGGUAGGAAGCCCUCGAUCCACGCAAACGAGCUCCUUCCAGACUACCACCCCGACUCCAGCGACGCCCCUUCGUUUGGUCCUGCGAAACCACCACCACCCAAGAGACAUUCCCAUGCGCGUUCGAUUGGAAGCUCGUUUCUCAGCCUGACACCUAGCCUGCAGGAGUAUCGAGUCGCACACACGGUGCCUCCGAGUCCCGGAAUUACCGGCAUCGUAGAUGAAGUCGCUAGGCUUUCGGGCGCUAGGAAGGGCCGCGAGGCCUCCAUCUCCUCCGACGACUGCUCGCGCGCCAAAUCCAUGGACCGGGCCGGGCUUGUUUUCCCCAACGUCGACAAGCACGCCGGCGCCAUGGUGGCCCUCAGCACCGCUGUCGCCCCGGGAAGCAUGCAGCAGCCGCCGCGGUCUCCUCGACACACGCGUUCGAUCGAUCUUGUUGCCGUCCGGGAGAACUCGACACACUCUCUCGGCUUCAUGCCCCGUCUGUCUUCGGCCUACCAUCACCACAUGUACCACCACAAGCCAUACCUGGGCAUGAAGCAAAACGACCGCAUCUUGACUGCACUUCGUCUCGAUACGGCCACGCACAAAUCAGACUCUGAGCCGUCCACGGCCCGAUCCACAACGCCACUGAGCUUUCGGAGUCCAUUCGAGGACCCUGAGGGUCAAGCGGACACUCACCGCCACCAACAGCAACCAAUCGAGCAGCCCUCUCCCGUUCGCCCGGCCAUGUUGAAGACCGAACCGUCCCGUGUGCCCUGCCCGCCAUCUCCGACUGACGAUGGCAUGAGCCAGGAAGGGCACUCGCAGCCACCUUCCAGGGAGGAGACCAUGUCGAUGGCCGUGUCCUCAAGCGUGACUUCGUUUGGAGCCAUCGCGACGCCCAUGACGAGCCCCAGUGUUGUCGCCAGCCCGCUGUGCCACACGGCGCCGACCAACUCGAGAGAAAAGGUCGACGUCAUGCCAGCGUACCAGUCGGACCCCUCACUGCCGGCGCUGAUGAGUGGAGCUAGCUCUGUCUCCGCCGACGUUGAGGGCGACUUCCUGGGCAAUCCUGGUAUCGUCAGCAGGUCAUCGCUCUUGGCCACGACCGAUUCUCUUACGCCACCAGCCCCAGGCAAAGAGACCCUGACCGAGUUUCCUCUUGACCACCACACCGAUUCGGAAACCAUUGCCGUGCGUAUCGACCCGGCCCCUGCUGUCGGCACCAAGGGUGCGCGUCCUCGUCGGUCCGUGAGCCUUUCGGCCUCGGCUUCCGGUGGCAAAUAUGAUGACGACAGCGAUAGCGACGAUGACGGUCUCAUGUUCAUGGCCAAAUCCAAGAAGAAGGCGGCGCCCAAGAAGCUUCCUUCUCCCCCACCUCAGGUCUCGCACCCCCACCACGCACCCUUGGGAGGCCUGGCGCUCGCUGCGCGCAGGAGGGAUACCAACACUAGUAUCGGAAGCACCGAGACGGCCAAGAAGAUUGACGUACAUGGAGAGAGUUUCUCUGGAUGAUGGACUUGCUCACCUCCUUGCGCAACCACUACUGUCUAUCUGAAAGCACACACACACGCUCAACCACGCAGCAGCCAUUGCUUCCGUCCAACAUUCUCGUUGCCGACCGGGACAUCACUUUCCUCCGUUCUCCUCUCAUUUUCUCAUUCGGCUUCGACACGGCCAGACCGGUGUCCGGAGUUUUCAUACAUCUUUUAGACCUGGCUUUACGAGAGCCAAUAGGAGAAGGGUGACCACAUCCCAACUUCGGCCUGUUUUACUAGGCUUUUUUAUUUAUUUAUUUUCUCCCUUUCCUCUAUUUCUUGUGUUUCUCUGUCUCUGUUUCAUGCAAAGCAUCGAUAGAGAUUGAGAGGGCAUUGCUACGUUUGCGCAUUCACCAGACCCCGAGAGGUUGCCAGCACACGCAUUCGGUUCUACUGUUACUCUUUCUCCUUGUUCUUCACUACAGAUUUUCAUGGGUUGGUCGGACUUUUGUGCAUUUUGAACAGCAUCUGCAUUACGGAAGGGCUCAUAUGGGACCGGCGACAUGUGCCGAAGGUGGCCGGCUAUUUGGUCACGAGCAAUAUAAAUGGGUGGGCUCUUUUUUUUUUUCUACCUUGCUGCCUUUGCUCCCCGAAAGAGGAGGGAUUUCUUUUCUUUCCCUUGCCCUUUUUCGACGCUAGCGUGUUGGCUACCGUCAAGCAUCGGACGAGCUUCUGCUCCUCCGAUUUUGCCGGGCUUUUUUUCUCCCCUCAGCCUCCUUGGACUGUUGAUGGUAAUGGCAAAGGCAAUGAAGGGCCUUUUGGUGCCAUGGCGGAACGGGGGACGGUUGGUGUUUCCGCGGCGGCGGGAUGGAAAGGGCUGCCAUCUGGAGUCUCUGAGUUGGCUGGAAUGUCAGCAUGAGAGGAUGGAGUCGGCUAUGUUUCCUUUGUCGCGGCGCGGGAGAUGGACGCUCAGAGUAGCUGCCUUUUUUGGCAGCCGGCCGGGAAGGGCAGUGCUCAAGCAAACGCAAGGCGGGAGAGGGCGGCAGCAAUGGUGUUGGCGAUGUGGACACGAAGGAUGGCGACGGUCUGAUUUAUUGCAGGAGGGAUGAUGGCUAUUUAUGACCUGGCUUGUGUUUUUUUUUUGGGACGACCAAUGCAUGAGAUAGCUCUCUGGCCAUGGGGAGAGAGCAGGAUUGGGGUGGAAGGGACUGAAAGCCUUGAGUGCGGCAUCCUAGCAGGGCCUCAUGAUGAAAAGGCAAGGGGCGUAUUGAGAGAGGUGUAUGGAUGGGUUGAGAUGCACGAGAUGACACAUUAUACCCCUUAUCUUUUUUUUCUUGGGAGGGAGAGCCGCCCUCGGGGAAUAUCCAGCAAGCGUAACGUUUGUCUGUGUGCUCCGCCCCAAAAUAUGAAGGCUCCCUUUUUCUCUCACAUGAAUCUCUUGUCUUGUGAUGUCUUGAUCCGCUCGCC